AUGAAGGUCGCCAGUGGCAGCGCCGCGGCCGCCGCGGGCCCCAGCUGCGCCCUGAAGGCCGGCAAGGCGGCGGGCGGGGCGGGCGAGGUGGUGCGCUGCCUGUCCGAGCAGAGCGUGGCCAUCUCGCGCUGCGCGGGCGGCCCCGGGACGCGCCUGCCGGCCCUGCUGGAGGAGCAGCCGGUGAACGUGCUACUGUACGAUAUGAACGGCUGCUACUCGCGCCUCAAGGAGCUGGUGCCCACCCUGCCCCAGAACCGCAAGGUGAGCAGGGUGGAGAUUCUCCAGCACGUCAUCGACUACAUCUGGGAUCUGGAAUUGGAGCUCAACUCGGAAUCCCACGUCGGGACCCCCGGGGGCCGGGGGCUCCCCGCCCGGGCUCCGCUCAGCACUCUCAACGGCGAAAUCGGCGCCCUGGCGGCAGAGGCGGCGUGUGUUCCAGCGGACGAUCGCAUCUUGUGUCGCUGA